ACAGCGGGACCUUAUAGAGAUGACUGCUGACCUUUGGGGAGGGAGGGGGAGCGGGUACCUGAAUUUGACAGGUACCCGCUCCCACUUCCGUGGAGUUGUUCUUUCAUCUUACCCGUUCCUCUAUCCAGCGGCGCGGUCUUCCCGGCUUCUGUAGUGUGGGCAUGACAGCCGGGUGCCAAGUGCGCAUGCGCAGGAAGCGGUGCUUUUUGUGAAUGGUAAGGCGGCACCUGGGACACAUGACAGAUCCCAGAAGCCGCCGGACCAAUCACCAA